ACUCCUGCUCGCUGACUCAAACACGCGUCGUGGAGCGGGUGGCAUCUCUUCCGUGGGAACGCUCUCCAAUAGGAGCCAUCCAGCGACGAGCUCGCUCGAAAUGCGGACAUGGGUGUUCCUCUGGCCAUGUAUUUACACGCAUUGUGGUUCCGGCGUUUACAGUUUGGGCAUUGAUCUCGCCGUGGACGCAUUUUUUUCUGCCCGUCACUCUGAUAACUUCACAGGCGUCUGAGACUGAAAACACUUUUUUUUUUUUUCCUUUUGGACGCGUGCCCUGUGGAUUUGCACGGGGAUGGUUCGCAGGAGCGCGCCGCGUCCCCCUGCGUUUAGGAGACAACUUCACACUCACAGCGCCGCUUUUGGGGCUUUGCAAAAGAAAUAAAGGGAGAUAAUGAGCAGCCACCCCGGAGGCGGCGGAAUGGCAUCGAAAGAAAGGCUGUAUGAGCUGUGGAUGUUGUACUACACAAAGAAAGACCUGGGAUACCUGCAGCAGUGGCUGGAGGCAUUUGUGACUUCCUUUGAGAGGCUCAUUGAUGUGCACUCGCUGGAGCCUCGGAGACUGGAGGAGGGGGGCUCUGAGGUGCCCUUGCUCCCCAGGGAGGUCCUGGUGUUCCUCAGCACACAGCUAUGGCACAGCGCGCUCCACCUCUCCAGCGCCGCCGAGCACAACGGCAACACGCCACACCCACUGCUCCUCAUCAAGUUCUUCAUCAUUGUUUGCAGGAAUAUGGAGAACAUUGACCCAGAAAAGACCCCUAGUUUUGUUUUUGAAACUAUAAAACUUUUGAAUUUCUGUUUGGACCAGAUAAAGAAGGGACAGGGGGAGAAGUCAUCCCUGCAGCUGGUUGUGCAGUAUGGACUCGUGCUUUGUGAGAGUCUGUUUGACCCUUAUCAGACAUGGAGGAGACGCCUGGCAGGGGAGGAGGUCAGCUUGCUGGAGAGGAACAAAUAUAAGUUCUCACCGCUAGCCUUGCCAGAAGAGCUUCCUGCUCUGUUCCACGACAGUCUCCAGGAAAGUGAGCUGAUCCCAGAGCUCCUUACAAUCAGACUGGUUCAUCUCCAGGGGGCCGUCAUCAGCGGAGGGAAGAAAAAUGCUCUACUGUCCAUCAGCCCUCACUCUGUUAUGGACCUGUUCUCUGUUCUGCGGGGCUGGUGCUGCAGCUACUCCCCUGAACCCAAGAGCACCAAACUCCCACGGCUGACUCUGCAGUGCCUGACAGCAACCAUCCAUCUUCUACACUGUAGCAGCCCUGCAGAGCGGCAGGUGGAGAUCAGGACGAUACUAGAGAGCUACUUCCAGCUCCUCAACUGGAAUCGUCCGCUCAGCAGUGAACAGGAAAAAAGAGAAAGCUGGGAAGACAAUCUGAUCUCGCUCCAGCGUCAAAUGUUAACUGCUGUCCCUGAGAUCCUGCAGUGCUCUGACAGACCGGCCCUGCAGGCCGUCUUCCUCAACAACAACUGCUUUGAGCACAUCCUCAGACUCAUUCAGAACAGCAAGCUCUUUCAGAGCAACAGGCGUAGGCCAGAGCAUGAGGUUGUGUGUGACCUCACUACGCAUUUACUCACAGAUGUCGAAGUGGACCAGGUGUGGGAGAAAGGAUCAGACAGUAUUACUGUUCACGCCUUGGGGGUCCUCACAUCCAUAAUGAGUAACUCCCCUUCUGCAAAAGAGGUUUUCAAGGAGAGGAUUGGUUACUCCCAAUUGUUUGAUGUGCUGAAGAGUCAAGGUCAACCCACCAAAAGGUUGCUGCAGGAGCUGAUGAACAUGGCAGUGGAGGGGGAGCACGCCCAUGCUCAUCACCUGGGCAUUAGCAACGACCAGCCUUUGCUGCUGCUGCUGCAGUGGCUGCCUGACCUGUCCUGUCAGCGGGACCUGCAGCUGCUGGUGGCCCAGUGGCUGGCCGCUGUGUGUGGGGGUUCCCUGUCCUGUCGCACUGUGGCUGUUGAGGCAGGCAUGGUUGGGGCUUUGCUGCAGGUGCUGUCACAUCCCCAGAGUCUGGACAGGCAGUGUGCAGACGCCCUGCUGGGCCUCCUACAGGACUUAGGCUCCUGCUGUCUGAAACCAGAAGAGCUGAAGAACAUCUUAAGACUCCUCAGGGUGGAUCAGGACAACGGUGCAGAGUCAGGAAGGCUGCACCCCUACUGCACACGGAUCAUACGCGUGCUCUCAGCCAUGGCAGCCAGAGAAGGCAAAGACAGUGCUUUGCAAUAUUUUGAUCUAACGCCGCCGAUGGCAGGUAUUAUGGUGCCACCGGUCCAGCGCUGGCCAGGCAGCGGGUUUGCCUUUCAUGCUUGGCUCUGCCUCAAUAUGGACUUCCCAUCUUGUCACUCGGAUUUCUCUAACAACCGUAAAACUCCAUUCAAUUCUGGCACGGGGGCUCACCACGACAUCGGAAAAGGACCUCGGAGGAAGCAGCUCUACAGUUUUUUCACAGCAAGUGGAACUGGGAUGGAGGCUUUCUUCACUAUGGAAGGCGUGCUGGUGGUGGCUGUUUGCACUAAGAAAGACUACAUGGCUGUCGCUUUGCCAGAAUACCCACUCGCUGACUCAAGCUGGCAUUCAGUUGCUAUAGUUCACAUCCCAGGCCGUCGCCCAUUUGGUCAGAAUUUGGUCACGGUCUACAUCGAUGGAGAGCAGCGGAAAACAGCUCAGCUGCGUUUUCCCUCUUUCAGCGAGCCCUAUACCUCCUGCUGUAUCGGCUCUGCGGGGCACCGGACCACUACCACCACCACCUCCCCAAACCUUCUCAUGUCUUUCACAUCCUGCCCAUCACCUGAAUUUGCCUUCCCAACUCACGCUCCUUCCCUCAUCCGUUCCCAGUCCUUCCCAGCCUCCUUUGCAGCAGGACGCUGGGGGUCUUUGGGAGACUCCCCUGUGCACACCAUUCCAGCGGGACUGCAGGACACAGAGUGGGGGUCACCUACAUCACUGGACGGGCUCCUGGGCACCGCCUUCAUCUGCCAUGAGGCUAUGCAGCACAUGCAGGCGCGAGCUCUAUAUGCCGCAGGCCCUAAUCACGUUUCCUUAUUCAAAGCGGAUGGAGAGUUAUCUGAUCUCAAUGGCAAGCUUCUACUAUACUACACUCCACAGGCAUUUAAGAGUCAGAUAUGUCUGGACUUGGCUCCUAAUCACCAAUAUGAUGGCAGACUUACUGGACAUAGAGUGGUGAACUGGGACAUCAGGGAUGUUGUAAAUGUGAUUGGUGGUAUUGGGGUUUUGGUGCCGCUGCUUCAGCAAGUGUGUGAGGCUGAGCAGGUUUCUAAUGGCGGUCAGGACACCUCAGACUUGCUGGGACCGGAGCUCACUUCCUCCAGAGGCCCUGCUGCUAUGCUGCUGCCUCUCAACAAAUCUGCUGAGGGCCGACUAGAGAGAAACAGUAUUGCUGCUUUCCUGCUGAUGGUGAAAAACAUGAUUCGUCAUCAUCCUGUCAAUCAGGAGAGUCUGUUGCAAUGUCAGGGGCCAAGCGUCAUGGGUGCCAUGCUGAGCAAGGUCCCAGGCAGCAUGAUGGACAUGAACGUGUUGAUUGCGUGUCAGCUGCUGCUGGAGCAGGUUUUCAACGAGGGCCACAGCUUACUGCUGCAGCAGCUCUACCAGCACCUGCUGUUUAAUUUCCGCAUCUGGACUAAAAGCCACUUUGCUGUUUGUUUGGCACAUGUGCAGUACCUGUCAUCUGUGAUAAACAAGAGCAAGCAGCGCAUGAAGAGGAAGUAUGGAGUUCAGUACAUCCUGGAUACCAUUCGGACCUUCUAUAGUGUGGAGAAAGAUGGCAGCUCCCUGUCUGACGAGAAGCAGACGAUUCAGACGUCUCUGUUUGCCUUGCUGAAAGAUUUUCUCAAGUCUCCGACGUCCGAGGAGCUUCACAGUGUCCUCGCAUACAUAAUAACCAUCAAGGAGGAGCAGCAGGUGGUGAAGGCCUUGGAUGUGCUCUAUGAGCUGCUGAGGAGCAGCCCUCCUCGUGAGCACGUGCAGAAUGUGCUGUUGGAGUGGGGCGUGGAGCAGCUUUACUGCUUGCUGCUCACGCCGAGCUUUGGAGAUGAGGCCAGAGAGAGAGUGUUCAGGGUUUUAUACAAAAUUCUCAAGAGUGAGAAGGUGUCUGAACGCAACAAGCAGCGCAUUAAGCUGAAGGAUUUGGGCUAUCUGGGCCUUGUUUGCUCCAUUGAAGACAUUCCUGUGACUAUGACCACCGUUCGGUGUCUGUACGAGCAGGUCCUCGCUACAGAUGCCAGCCCAAACUUCAGAGACCUCCUGGCCGUGGCCUGUCUGUCCCAUCGGGCUGAGCUCACGGUACGACUGGACGUCUGCCGCAAGCUCUUCCAUCUGAUCUACUCCAACGAGGAUUACGUGAGGCAGCUCGCCAAGCAGCCGGGCUGGCAGGAUGUUCUGACCAAGCUCUACGUGAAAGAGUCCUACGGGUCACACAUCGCCAGCAUCGCAGACUCUGGCACUCACGGCUCUUUUCAACCAAAUCACAGACCGCCGCUGCGAAGAGAUCAGUCCAUAGUCAUCGAGGACGCACGCACGGACAUCUUCCUGAGCUACCGCAGCUCUCAGGACAUGGAAGAGGAGGAGGAGGACGACGACAACGGCGGUCACCGCGACAUCUCUGAGGGAUUCUCCGACUUGUCCCAGUCGCCUCCCAGUGGAGGUGGAGGCCCGCUGAAAAACUUCACGGAUUCCCAUCACUUUAAGUCGUUCGAUUCAGUGGACCAGGAGAGCAACUUGUCCUCCAUCUCUAAUGCAGUAGACAUUACUCCGUCUCGUCCUGAAGACGAGGGGCGAGACUAUCAGCCGCUCUCUCCCUUUGGGACAUCGCCCUUUGAUUUGGAGUUGGGAGGCGUGGGGGAGACGGGCACACACACCCCCGUGGGGAGUCAGACCAACACGCCGUCUCCUCUGGAGCACUGUAAACCAUUUCCACCGCUCAGGCCGAGGAAGAGCUCCAGUUUGUCCAACGUGCUGGAUGAUGCCAGCUAUGGGACAGAUCCCCCCACUGGAGAUACAAUCUCCAACACAUCCAACCCUCAGCAGACUCCCGAAGAAGAGCUGUGCAACCUGCUGACCAACAUCGUGUUCUCCGUGCUGUGGAGCGGCAGAGGUGCUGAGGGAGCCGAGGACGUGGUGUGGAGGGAGAGGGGGCAGGUGUUUUCUGUUCUCACCAAACUGGGCUCCUCCUGCCAGCUAGUGCGCCCCCCCGAUGAAAUCAAGCGCAGUCUUUUGGAAAUGAUGCUGGAGUCAUCGCUGUCGGACUUGAGGGAUGCCCAGGGAGUGUCUCUGCCUUUCUGCCCGAGCCUGGUCCGGCUGCUCAGGCUGCUGCAGGACUUCCUGUUUGCCGAGGGCACAGACAACCGAACACUGUGGAGCGAAAAGAUCUUCGAGGGAGUUGUGAACCUGCUGGACAGGUUACAGGCUUGGCAUAGCACUCCUGGCAGUCCUGGAAACACCGAGCUCAAAGAGAUGGCCCAGAUAGGCCUCCGUAUCAUCACAGGAUACAUCCAACAGCAGAACUCCCAGGUGUGUGUGAUGGCAUGUUUGAAGCUCCACAGCCUUCUCCAGACGGUGCUGUGUCUGAGCUGGGAGGAGGUGUGUUUCCUGCUGGGGCAGCUCGGCGCUCCCUUGUGGCCGGGAGGGGUAAUGGACGGUACCAACUGCAGCCAGUCAGAAACAUUCUCCCAGCUAGUGCCCAUAGUCCGCACGCUGCUGGACCAGCACGCCGACCCCGUCACCCUGCAGAGCCUCCUCCCAAACCUGCCCAUCACCAACGGCAGCACCACCUUUGCUCAGGACCUGAAGGCUUACUGUCACAUGCUGGAGUGGCAGAGCUUUUACCAGCAGCAGUUUUUUAUUAAAAUAUCUCUCCAGGUGAAGCCCACCAUGGAGCAGUACGAGCUGGACACCUUCGGGAGAAGCCACGACAUCAUGUCCAAUUUCUGGAACUCCUGUUUCGAUGACCUGAUGAGCACAGCAAUCAAACUGGAAAAAGACAGAUCUGACAGCAAAUCAAAGUUUCAGGAGAUGAUUGUAGAUCCCUACCUGAAGAGAGUUCGGAGUGAGAACAGCCGGUACCUGAUCUGGCAGAAGCAGAUCUCCAGCCAGCAGGGGGCGGUGUGGCAGCACUGGAGGGCCCUCCGCAGGCUCUUUACCAGUGACAGAGGAGCCUGGGCCAAAAGAGUUCAGCCAGAGGUGAAAUGGAAGUUGUCCAAUGCAGAGACGUAUUCAAAGAUGCGUCUCAAACUUGUGCCCGACUAUAACCAUGAUCCCCACAGUGAGGCCAGCGCCUUGAGGGACAACAUGGGAGCUGAGAGUCCCCGCAGCUCAGAACCACUCCCAUUGGCUGUUGCUAAGGAAGCAAAAGUCAGCGACAUGGAGGAUGAUCAAUUAGGGGAAGAGGACCUGGUCUUUCUGGAUGACAAAGCGGAAGGAGAGGACGAGAGCCAGAAAGAAAAGCUGGUCCUCUCUGAAGACUGUGAGCUCAUCACCAUCGUGGCGGUCGUCCCGGGUCGUCUGGAGGUCACCACACAUCACCUGUACUUCUAUGAUGGCAGCAGCGAGAAAGAAGAGACUGAGGAGGGGGUUGGGUUUGACUUCAAAAGGCCGCUCUCUCAGCUCCGAGAGGUUCAUUUGAGGCGCUACAACCUCCGACGGUCUGCACUAGAGCUUUUCUUCAUCGACCAGGCUCACUACUUCAUCAACUUCAGAAAAAAGGUACGAAACAAAGUGUACUCAAGGAUCCUUGGGCUGCGACCUCCAAACCUGUUUUACUUCGGCUCUCGCUCUCCACAAGAGCUCCUGAAGGCCUCUGGCCUCACUCAGAAAUGGGUGUGCAGAGAAAUCUCCAAUUUUGAGUAUCUGAUGCAGCUAAACACCAUCGCUGGACGCACCUACAACGACCUGUCGCAGUAUCCCGUGUUCCCCUGGGUGCUGUGUGACUACACAUCUCCCACUCUGGAUCUCAAUGACCCCUCCGUUUUCCGAGACUUGUCCAAACCCAUAGGUGUGGUUAACCCCCGUCAUGCGCAAAACGUCAGAGAGAAGUAUGAGAGUUUUGAGGAUUCAACAGGCACCAUUGACAAAUUUCACUAUGGCACACACUACUCUAAUGCAGCAGGAGUCAUGCACUACAUGAUCCGCAUGGAGCCAUUCACCACCCUGCAUAUCCAGCUGCAGAGCGGCAGGUUUGACGUCGCAGACCGUCAGUUCCACUCGGUGGCGGCAGCCUGGCAGGCUCGCAUGGAGAGUCCUGCUGACGUCAAAGAGCUCAUCCCGGAGUUCUUCUACUUUCCAGAAUUCCUGCAGAACAUGAAUGGGUUCGACCUGGGGCAUUUGCAAAUAUCUCAGGACCAAGUGACAGAUGUUGAGCUGCCUCACUGGGCAACAUCAAGGGAGGACUUCAUCAGAAAACACAGAAAAGCCCUGGAAUCCGAACACGUGUCCAGUCACCUCCAUGAGUGGAUUGACCUGAUCUUUGGUUGCAAGCAAAGAGGAGAAGAAGCUGUGAAUGCUCUAAAUGUCUUCUACUACUGCACAUAUGAGGGUGCAGUAGAUCUGGAUGCCAUUGCCAACGAGAACGAGCGUAAAGCCCUGGAGGGAAUCAUCGGCAACUUCGGACAGACACCCUGUCAGCUCCUGAAGGAGCCUCAUCCUCCUCGUAUGACGGCUGAAAACGUUUCGAGGCGCCAGUCCCGCCUGGACACCAUCCCUGCAAACAUCUUUGAUAACCUCAGCAAACUCCGGCCAUUUGUAGAGGUGGUAAGCGAUGGCCUUUCUCUAGUCCAAGCAGUGGUACCGAAGAACCAGAAUCGCUCCUUUAUCAUCCAGGGCUCCGACAUCCUGGUCACUGUGAGUUCAACUGGUUUGAUCGGGACACACAGUUGGCUUCCGUAUGACAAAAACAUCGCCAAUUACUUCACUUUCACUAAAGACCCAGCAAUGAGUAAUCCCAAGACUCAGCGCUUCUUGAGUGGGCCUUUCUCUCCUGGAGUGGAAAUCAGCUCUCAGGUGUUGGUGGUGUCCAACGAUGGUCGUCUGCUGUUCAGCGGGGGACACUGGGACUGCAGUCUCCGGGUCACUCAGCUAGGAAAAGGAAAGCUGGUGGGCAGGAUCUGCCGGCACAUUGACGUCGUUACUUGCUUGGCUCUGGAUCUCUGUGGCAUCUACCUCAUUUCUGGAUCAAAGGACACUUGCUGUAUAGUGUGGCAGGUUUUACAGCAGGGUGGGUUCUCUAGUGGCCUGUCUCCUCGGCCGGUCCAGAUUCUCUGUGGACAUGACCAAGAAGUAACCUGUGUGGCCAUCAGCACCGAGCUGGACAUGGCGGUCUCAGGAUCAAAGGACGGAACAGUUAUCGUGCACACGGUGCGACGUGGCCAGUUCCUGCGAACGCUGCGGCCUCCUGGCAACAGCUGCGUCCCUGCACACAUUUCUGACGUCCAGGUAGGCAUGGAAGGCCACGUCGUGGUGCAGACGUCUCAGAAGGAGAGCUCCAACAGGAAGGGCAAGUACUCCAUUCAUGUUUACUCUGUCAACGGCUGCCUGCUUUCCUCUUUUACCACGGAGGAGCAGAUCACUGCACUGCACCUGGUGUCUGAAUACAUCAUCCUAGGGACCGUGCAGGGUAGCCUUCACAUCCGAGAUUUAUACAGCCUGGAUGCUUUGGCGACACCCCUGGCCUUAAGGGUUGCUGUGAGGAGUGUGUCUGUCACCAAGGAGUACAGCCACAUACUCGUGGGACUUGAAGACGGGAAGUUAAUUGUGGUGGGGGCUGGGAAGCCAGAGGAGGUUCGCUCAGGACAAUUCUCCCGUCGCCUGUGGGGCUCAACACGCCGCAUCUGUCAGGUGUCAUCAGGAGAAACCGAAUACAAUCCCACUGAGAAUGCAGCCAAAUGAGAUGAGGAACUCCGAGGACUCUGCAACUUUGCCGAAAUGAGCUCGCUAGACUCGACGCAGCCUUUCCAUAACAAACUGGAGAGCUUAAUCCGAAGCCACUGAUCUCUCUGAGAGAGCAACUUUACACUGAGCACUUUUAAAAAAAAAUAUCCUUCAAUGAUUUUUAUAUAGUAAUACAUAUUUCAUGUACACUUGUGCAGUUUUUUGUUUUUGAUCAGCAUCAUUCCAAAGAGUGGCCUUGUCGCGUUUACAGAGAAGCACUCGGAGUUUGAGGCUGUGAACUGCUGUUGGACUGCAUGAGUCAGAUUUCAGGGGAAUGACUCACUGCGAUGCACGCUCAGACUCUGACCGAGUAACGCUCCAAACUCUGGGCUUCAUGUUCUUGGCUCCUUUGUUGUCAGAGGCACAGCUGUGAUCGCUGCACUGUUGAAUGUCCUAAAGCCGUUGACUGGUUUUGGCAUAUCCUUAAAAUUCCUGGAAACUUGAAAAAAAAAAAAAAAAAACUGCAGUAGGCAUUACUCGAGAUUUCCACAUUGCAAUACUGGUAAAUACCACACGACGGAUUCAUUUGUAAAAGAAAUCCAGGGGUCGGGGGGCAUGGGGAGUCAGUGAACCGACGCUGUGUUGUGGGUUUUAGUGGUUGCCAGAUGCUUAUCUUUACACCACAAAUGCACCACAGUUAAUAAGUCUGCAUUACUUUUAGGCUCUUAGCAGUUUAAAACUGUUACAAUUAAAGCAAGAUCUGCUUUAAUGGUCAAGUAUGUGAAAUGUCUUCACUUUUUAUCCUGAUUGAGCUUAGAUGCAAUGAACCUCAACAUGAGAGCCUUCUGUUGCCUUACACACAAUAGGCCUUUAUACUGUAAAUGCUGUUUUUACUGUUAUCCACAUGCCUAUAUCAUUGUUUUAUUUGAUCAGAAAAGUGCCUUUUUAACUUUUGGGCUUUGUAUAAACCUUAAUUUCAAAUCAUUAUUUAUCUGUGGAUUCACUCUGUUUUAUUUUUGUCCCCGGAGGUCUUGUUUGAACACAGUUUACUGUGACUCAGACGUGGAGAAGAUGUUAAUGAAACCAUCAGUUAAAACUAUUGGCCGGAGGAACGUACUUGCCUGUUACUGGUGUUGUACUGUGAGACCACCUGAGGACAUGAUGACUCUUAAAUACAUGAGUAAAGUGUCUGUGAAUGAUCUUUAUAAGAAUCUGCUUCCUGUCUGUUUUUCUGUGGUGGGAAUGAGACAUAAAGUGGUUGUUUAGCUGCGUCAUAGCAGGGAAGAGAGAGAUGACUGUGUCAGUGAUGAUCUGAAGGAAAUCAAUCAAAAAAAAAAGUUUUUAAAUGUUGUGUAGUUAUUUCUGCUCUCCACCUUUUAAAAUGUAUAAAUACAUUGCUUUCAUGCUGUGUGCAAUCAUGUUUUAUGAUCAUUUGUGUGCAGUUUGUUUGCAUGCAUCUGUUCAAAAACAAAAAAUACAUUAAUAUUGCAGCUUGCUAUUGUGCAGUCGUGGUUUGUGUACUUCUUCGUUUUGCUCCAAGUGCCUGUGAACACUCAGUCGUUGUUUGACUCCCUCUAGAUUAUAUAUUUGCGGUCAUCAUAGUCAACAUCCACAACCAGAAAAGCAGGUUUAAGUGAUGCUGUGUUUAAUGUGUUUCAGAUUUUAUGUUUGAAAGCCCUGAUCCUAUUGAAUGCUUUAUGUUGUGGCCACCACUGCCUUGAAUUUGAACUACCAUAGUGAUUGUAUUGUUCUGGGAAUAUUUUGACAA